GGCGUGGCUAUUGCGAACUCCCUCCCUCCCUCUGCCUCCCUCCCACAGACGCUCCACAGAGGACACACCCAUACUCCUAUACGGUACAGUGCUCUCGCUUCUCUCGACGUCGGCGCAGUGGACGGCCGACACGCAGAAACUAUCACCGUCCUCUUCUUGGAGUCAAAAAACCCAUCUUUGGGGUCACCUUGACCAGCCCGCCCCUCUAACAACAUGUCGGAAAUGUUCCAUGCCCAAUGGUUCGGUGGCGACGAGAGAUCCUUCUCAAAGCCGGCGCCGAUAUCUUACAAGACGCCCGAGUCGACGCCGGGCUCGUUAUUGGCCCGCCUGCAGCUGAGCACCAUCGACACUUCCAAGUCGACCCUAUAUCGGACAGCUGCAGCGACCGGCCCUUCAAUCUCACACAAUCCAGACACGAAUACCCCCCGCAACCCCGUCCCCAGCCUCCCCAUCGAACUCUGGGUCCACAUCUGCCGCCUCCUAACCACCGACCCCGCCUACCAACCCGCCCUCUACUCCCUCUGUCUCGUCAACAAAGCGCUUUCUUUGACUGCAACAGAGUACCUCUACAAAUACCCCCGCAUCGAUGGUCUAAAGCAGAGUAAUCUGUUUUUGCAUUCUUUGGCGCUUUCCACUUCUGCGGCCGUUGCGAAUCUGACGAAUACGGAUCCGAGUGCUGCGCUGGAUGGGAGGGGAUCACUACGGGAUGCUGCGAGUUAUGUGAAGGGAUUGCAACGGACUCGGAGAACGCCGUCGGGGUUCCUGAUUGAGGUCGCUCACCGCGCCCACGGUCUCGAGCUCUUCCCGCCCGGGUUCUGGGAGCGUCUCAACUCCUCCGACCUAGAAGUCCUAGCGCGCUGCCGCGCUACCGUCGCGACGCUUGUAAUCGGCACCGACAAUAAGGACGCGCUCCUCGCCCUCGCGUCCAUCCUCGCCGCCAGGGAGUACACCCAUAUGAGCCGCCGCCGCUCAUCCCUCUCCCUCGAAGACUAUAUGUGCACUCUGCAACAAAAGGAUCCUCUACGCGACGCACUGGAUGAGAUGCUCCCCACGGAUCGUAAACUGGCCUACCUCCUCAUCCAUCUCCCCAACAUCCGCCGCCUCGCAUUGUCCGACCAGGCCGUGACCGCCGGCCCCGACCCGCUCAUCCACCUCGCCGUCCGAUGUCUCCCCAACCUGCGGUCAGUCACCCUAGACUCCUCCGGCGUCGCCCAUUCGCGCGUCGGCCCCGCUGCCGUGAAAACGGUGUGGGAGAAUUGCGUGAAUCUCGCGGACCUAACGCUCGUCAACCACACCCUCCCUGCUACCAUACCCCUCUCCCCCGCGAAACAGCUCAGGCGGCUCCGUCUACGCCACUGCACGUUCGCCAUGUCCCACGACGACUCUCCCUCCCUCUCUACACAUACAUUACCACACAUGAUCAUCAACGCACCCGGACUGACCCACCUCGAACUACACAAAUGCAACGACACGGACACGGAUACAUCGCCCGACCGCGACCGCUGGUCCCACCUCCUCGGUGCACUCGCCUCCCACCUCCCUCCCACCCUAACACACCUAGCGAUCAUCCACACCCACCCCACCCCAACCAACCUCUCCAACAUCCCCAUCACGCCCCUCGUCACAUCUUUCACGUGUCUCCCAACCCUGCGGACCCUCCACAUCGAAUCCCUCGUCAACGUCACCCCCGCGGCACUCACCGCGCUGUUGACACAUACACCGAACAUCACCACGCUGAACCUAAACAGAUGCCACCCCUCCGCAACCGACCACCAUUUCGCGGCCGUCUGCACCACGCUCCCGAAAUUGACCGGCCUGUGCUAUCUCCCCCAUCAUGUACCGCCGGGACUGGUCUGUCUCGCAAUGCCGUACGUGCCCGACCCCGCGGAUAACCACACCACGUCCACGGGGCUGGCGUUCUCAUCGUCGGUCAACCCAACCCCGUCAUUCCUGACGUCGAACGCCCCGCCCGCCCUCCCAACCAACACAACCCCCCGCAUCCACCUCCCCCACACACCGCGCCUGACCCACCUGACACUGGACGCGGGCGCGUGGACGGAGGACGGCUGGCGCGCCCUGGCGGACGCGUGUCCGCGGCUGAGGAGUGUCGGGGUUGUCGGGGUUGUGGGCGGGAGGGUGAUGGGCGGGUUGAGACGGAGGGGCGUCAGGGUGGUGCUGUUGGGCGAGGGCGAGGGCGGGGAGGAUGAGCGCGGGGUAGGCUUUAUGUAGCCCUUUUCCUGCAUAGCGGGGCCGGUGUAAGUGCAGUUGUUGGUUUCUUGGGUGUGCGGCGAUCGAGACAGAGUGGAGGUUGUAUGCAGUGUAUGUACUGUAUCCACAUUGGAUCUUUUGCCCCCCCAAACGGGGUAUACCUUGAAGAAAAAUCUCCGCCAUAUCACACAUAUCAAAAAACAUCCCUCGCGUCUGCAAAGAUCAGGUCCAGGACC